CGUGGUAACCCGUCUCUCUCAUCUCCUUUUCUCGCCCCCCGUUCACGCUGUGCGUAUCGGUAUCUGGUGGCUUAAUAUUGCACGCUCGCAUUGUUCUAUUGAACAAUAGCGCUGUCGCUGUUCAGAGUGAAGAGGAAACGGUCACGUGUAAUUGUAUUGUGCGCCCAUCAAGUCGACGCCAAGCCCACAUUCAAUUCUACUUCAACGCCCAAUAAUUUCUCCCUAUCACCUUUUCUUCUUCAUCAGACAACCUUGCAAGAAUUCGACAGACCCGCAUCUUUGCGAUCGCACUCCACGACUUCCACUUGCAUACCAACCAACGCGUUCGGCUGGACCAAAACGCACUACUUUCUUUCUCCACAACAAACACCACAACAAAAACAAGAUGCCGAGCAUUUUGACCACAGCACUCGCGGCGCUUGCCGUCGCUCCCCUCGCUCUGGGUCAUACCUGGAUCGAGCAGCUGCGCAACGUCGAUGGCAAGGGCAGUUAUGUUGGCGAGUAUGGGUACCCGCGAGGCAUGGUCUCCAAGACCGAUAAGGGCUUCACCGGUGACUCUAUGAACUGGCUACUUCCCGUACAGCCAAAGGUUUUCAUUGAUGAGACCUCCCCGCUCUGCCACACUGCACAGACGAAGCAAGAGCAGUCAUCUGACAAGUAUCCUCGCUUACAGGCAGUUCCCGGUGGCUUCAUUGCUAUGCGUUACAUGGAGAACGGCCAUGUCACCAUGGUUGAUCCCGCGACCGGCCUGGGAAAGCCAGAAAAGGGUGGCACUGUUUUCGUUUACGGCACCACCGAGCCCAAAGAAGAUGAGAAGCUCGUCGACGUCCUGCGCUGGACGCAGGACGGCGCCGGCGGCGACAAGCGCGGUGCUCUGCUUGCCACCAACGACUUCGACGACGGCCGCUGCUACGAGGUGAACGCCACGCCUACCUCGCAGGACCGCCGCGUCUCCGACCCCAACUUCGCCAUGGGCCAGGUCUCCGACGGCCCCGGCACGUACCCGCUCUUCUGCGAGACUAACGUGCAGGUCCCUGACUCUGCGCCCAAGGGCAAGCCCUACACCAUCUACUGGGUGUGGCAGUGGAACACGGCGCCCGGCGUCGACCCCGGCCUGCCCACCGGCAAGGACCAGUACUACACGACCUGCAUGGACGUCGACGUGACAUCCGCCGACACCGCGCUCGCCGCCGAAGCCCAGCCCAAGUUCGCCCUCGGCCCGCAGCAGGACGCCAUGGCCAGCGCCGUUGCUGACUUCGCCUCCCGCACCGCCAUCAUGACCGACGCACUGGCAGGCGAGGUCGGCCCCGUGUUCUCCGGCUCCGCGACCGCGACUGGUGCCCCUAUCGCUACCGGCGCGCCCGCCAACUCGUCCUCCAAGGCCCCCGCUUCGACGCCGUCGCCCACUGGCCCCGUGCUCACCCAGAUCACCAACAUCCCUACCAUGACUACCCGUGUCAGCGGCGCCCCCAAGCCUUCGUCUGCCUCCGGCGACGUCGUCACCGUCACUGAUAUCGUGUAUGUCACCGUCACUGCCGGCUCGGGCUCAGCGUCAGCUCCCACUUCCGCACCCACUGCGUCUGCGUCAGCUCCUGCAGUCUCUUCCAAGGCCUCUUCCGCCGUCUCCGCAGCCUCGUCAGCAGUCUCCGCCUCAGGUGCUGCCUCAGGUGCUGCCUCCGGCACACCGACGCCCACCGGCGCGCGCCCCUCGUCUGCGCUGGGCGGCUUCACGAUGCCCUCGGGCGCCGCCAAGCGCACCAUCCAGCAGCGCAACGGCGCCAAGUUCCGCGGUAUGUUGCGCAACUGAGAUUUCGCGUGGCUUUCUGCUCUUCCCUUUUCUGUUUCUCGAUCAUGUUUCUCGAUCUUGUUUCGCGUUUAGAGGGAUGGAUGGCAUUCCCGUGCUCUGGUAGCACGGCUUAGACGCGCGCGGUCACUGAGCGGAACUGAUGGGCGGCCAGGCCACGCUUAGUCGUGGGCUCUGUCGGCUAUGGUCAACACCAGCUAUGGCCACCAGCUAUCAGCUACGAAUCGUACGAAUGGGAUGGGAGGCACACACGACUUCACGACCCCCCGGAUUGGCAUCGGACGGAGAUACCCAACUGCAUACUCGGCGUUUGAACGGCCCUGCUUUCGCGGGCCUGGGGAUGGGACACGGCUUACGGCACGGAUACGGCACGGCAUACGGCAUACCCUGGGACACCGGCGUUUUUUGUUUUCUCAACUUACAUACAUAGUCGGCCUCUGCGGUGGCGCGCUUCUAUUGAGGGGCUG